AUGGUCCAUAAAGCUAUGAAGCCUACUUCUUCAUCGCAAACCGAUGAUGGUGUCCGGAGCAGAAGGAAGAACUCAUCAAGAGGCCACCACCGGUACGUUGGAGUCCGGCAACGGCCGUCGGGAAGAUGGGUUGCCGAGAUUAAGGAUUCAUUGCAAAAGGUCAGGCUUUGGCUUGGAACAUUCGACACAGCAGAGGAUGCAGCCAGGGCAUAUGAUGAAGCUGCCAGGGCACUUAGAGGGGCUAAUGCCCGGACCAAUUUCGAGCUCCCGGAUAACGACGACGACGACGAUUUCCCCGAUUGCGGCGAACCCUUUUCGUUUGAAGAAGCUUGCCGGACUGAUGAACCAGAUGGACUCGUCGGAGCAUUGAAAGCCAAGUUAUUCAACGAGCCAAACAACAAGAAUGUUUCUUCUAAAGGAAACAGUUCUAAUAUUGUUCCUCAAUCCAAAUCAAUUCAGCCCAACAAUAAUAACACAGAUCCUCCAAUCCUUUCUUCUUGCAACAAUACUUCAAGACAUAAGUUGCAAACAUCUGUAACUGGAAUGUCCAAACUCAACGUUGGACCUGGUACAAGGAAGUUCCAUCAAGAACCUGAACAGAGCAAUGGCAAUGGAAACAUCAACAACAUCAGCAUCAAUCCUGUGGCUUUACCUCAUGAUUAUGAACAGAAUUUGGUGAUCAAUCAUGAAACCCGAAUCGAAGAUUUCGUGGGUUGCAAUACUAACACUACAACAACAAAUGAUCCUCUUUUUACUACUUCAACAAACGUUGUCGCCGCCUCGACGGCGAAUCCAUGGCCUAUCCCACCAUAUCCUGCACAAACCAGUGGUGGAAUGCCUUAUACUUCUUAUACGCCGGAUGAAAAUCAUUCUCUUACUCAGCUGCUGACCAACAAUGUCGGGAGUUUGGAUAUGUUACAAAUGCAGACAGUAGCUUUGCAGAUGAAUGAGGGUGAAAAAAAUGGUGGGAAAAUGAUGACUAAUCUCCCUUACUCACGACUCAAUCCUCAAAGGGGCAAACCACAAGAAACUGUAUGA